AUGUCAUCAACGUUAUUAUUAGAACAACAACAAUCAUGGCUUGUUCUUCAACUUGAUCAAUUAAUUCAAUUGUGUAAUCAACAAAUGAUUGAUAUAGAUAGAAUUCUUAAUAAUGAAACUGUUUCACAAAAUUCAUCAUUACUCGAUAGUUCUAAAAUCAAGUUUACUCUUACAUCUUCACAAAUCGCACAUUUGAUCAAUCAAAAUAAUUUUAAUAUUCGAAAACUAUUAGAUAUUGAACAAAAUUUAAAACAACAAAGCAUACAAGCUCAACAAUUUCGCUUGAAUUCAUCACAACUGGCUUAUUUCUUUGCUCAUCAUCGUAUUGUUAACAAUCAAAGAAUUGUUGGACUUUCUGUUGCCCAACUCAUAGGUAUCUAUGCGUUGCAACAAAGAUCAAAUGAAAAUGAUCAAUCAUUAUUAUUUUCAUUGGAUUAUCAACAAAUCAGGCAGUUAGCUUUAAUUCAAAACAUGACUUUGGAACAUUUUCAUUCAUUACCCACUUCCAAUAAACCUUUACAACUAACACACAAUCAACUGAUUCAUCUUGCUAUGGAAAAUAAAAUAUCAGUAAAACAAAUAGUAUCAAUUCGCAACGAAGAAAAAUCAAAAGUAUUCGAUCAGAAACAACUCUGUAGUUUGAUCAAUCAAAAUAGUCAAGCAAAUACGAUACAAAAGUCUGUUGAUCUUACUCAAUCGAUUGAUAAAUCAUUUCAUAUUCAACAAUAUGUUUAUUUAACUGUCGAACAAAUUUUUUCUCUUGUAAAAUCAUCUAAUAUCAAACUCGAUGAAUUGACAACUUGUACAACAGAACAUAUCAAUAUGAUAGAAUUUCGGUUCAAACCAGAACAACUAGCUACACUAUGGAAUAUAAACAUAUUGACUAAUGAUUUUGAAUACACUACAUCUUUACCAACAUCAUCCUCUCAGUUUAUUCUCAAUGAUGAACAAUUUAGUAGUUUACUUCAUUCAGUUUCAACUUCUAUUCUUUCAACACAAUAUAAAUCAACCAUCAUGACGAAGUCCAAUUUAAAAUCAAUAUCACCAUCUGUUCCAAUAUUACCAUAUUCAUUGUUUCCAUCCAAUAAAUUUAUCAACAUUAUAGCAGGAUCAACUGAUAUACAAAAUCAACUAUACUCUUCUCUUACUGAUCAAUUGACAGCUAUGCAUGAACGACUUAAAUCAAGUAUACAAACUCAUAUUGAAACAGUCGAAAUAGUAUCAAACUCAAUAUUAAAACAUAAUCGUAUUGAAAAUACUCUGAAUCUUGUUCAUCAAUUGAGUCUACAUUCUAUUGAUGAUAUAUCUACUAAAGAAGUAGAAACUAUUCCAUCAUUUAUACUUGAUCUACUCAAAAUAAAUAUAAUAACAGAAAAUAUUUACAAAUCAAUUAAGUACGGUGAAAUAACAUCUGAUAUACUAGAUAAACCUGAUGAGCUUGCUACAAAAUCAAAAGAAAUCAUUGAUUUUAUUGCAAGUGAUAACUUAAAUAAAACAAUAAUCGAAGGUAUUCAAACUUAUAGACUUAGUUUUUCUCAAAUUUAUAAAAUUCAAACACAACUAAUUACUCCGAAACUCAUUGAAGAAUUCAAAUCAGGUCAUCUAUCGAAACGUAUUCUCGAUGCAUAUAAAAGUCAAUCACCAUUACAAAUUAUCAAUAAAGUUCGUUCAUCACUAACACAAUUGAAUAAAUUACUUCUUCAACAAUCAUCAUCAAGUAUUUCUCAGUUCGAUCCUACGAUAGUACCCAUCGUGCAACAGACAGUAACACAAAAUAAUAUCACAACUAAUAAUGUAUUUGAAGUUGACAAAUUAUCACGAACAACUCAACAAAAUCCAAUUAUUAUUUAUCCUAAAUCACCAAUAUUGCGAAAAGAAAUUCUACAAGAACUUCGUGAUCGUCUCGAUAGUCAAUUACUUGAACUUAACAAAGAAUAUGGUAUUGAACCUAUUAAAGGUAAAGCUUCAAUUCGACAAAUCACUGAUAAACUUCGAACAAUGGCAAUUAUUCAAGAACUUGAAACAUUAAUUGGUCGACAAAUAGAUGAAGUCGAUAUUUUAAAUAUUCUUGAAGGUAACAUAAGUUACAUACUCGAUGAAAUACAAAUAGAUUCUAAACAAAUAAAUAUAUUAUUUCAUCGUAAUAUUCAACAACGAUUAAAUAGAAUUAAUGAAAGAAUUCAAUUAGUUAAUAUUCUUCAAAAUGAUAUCGAAAUUAAAAGAUUAAAACGUCCAAUGAAUCUUGAAGAAUUGACUGCACUUAUUUUUGAAGAUAUUUCAAAAUUUGAAAAACUUACUAAUCUUUAUCUAACAGAAAUUGAUUUACGUAUUAUAUCAAUGAAUCGUUUUUCAUCACUUGAACAAUCUUUAAAUCGUCAAUUAACAGAAUUUGAAUAUCGUUAUUUACUUCAAAAUAAUUUAUCAUAUGAUUAUAUUGAACAAAAACUUCUUCAACGUUCAUUAACAAUAGAAGAACGUAUUGAACAAGAAGAAUUAACUUUACAAUCAUAUCAACAAUUAUUUCCUAAUAAUAAUAUUUCGAUUUUAUCUCAAAAUUUUAUAGACAUUUUAGAACAAGAAAAUAUUAAACUUACUCAUAAACAAUUAGAACAAAUUUUACAAUAUCGUGCACAACUUAUUGAUCAAUAUGAUAUUAUUCAUUCAAUUUCUUCAUUGAUUAAAAAUAUUGAAAAACAACUUAAUCGUUUAUUAACAAUUGAUGAAAAAAAACGUUUAAUACAUGAUGAUUAUUCUAUGAUUGAAUAUAAUAAAAAUUUAAAAUAUAAUAAUAAUAUUAAUGAAAAAAUUCAAGAAAUUCUUCCUAUUACAGCAUCACUAUUAAAAUUAAUUGAAAAUACACAAGAUAAAAAUUUAUUAGAAAAUAUAAAAUAUCUUGAAAAUAAUAUUGGACGAUCAUUAACAAAACAAGAAAUAAUUAUGGUUGCAAAUGGUGAUAUAAUUAGUCUUGAAAAAUUAUUUAAUAAAUCAUUAUCAACAGAAACAAUUAAAUCAAUUUAUAAAAAUCGUUUUAUUGAUCUUAAAAAUGAAUUAAAUCGUAAUUUAACUGAUAAAGAAAUACGUGAUAUUCUCAAUGGUAAAUUAAGUGGUAUUGAAAAAGCACUUGGUCGACAAUUGACAUCUACUGAACGCUUGACAUACAAACCAGUCAAUAUAAUCGAUUUGACUGCAUCUCAACUUACACAUAAUCCAUCGAUUGAUAGAACAAUUCAAGAAUUAGAAGAUGUUUUAGAACGUCGUUUGACAUUAGAUGAAAUUCAAUAUCUAACAGAUCAACAAAAAAAUUUAGUAAAAGUAGAUUUAAAGAAAAAAUUAUCUUCAAAUCAAUUAGAUAUGAAUGAAGUACCAAAAAUACCUUUAAUAGACUUAGAAGAAGAAGAUGAAUCUGAUGAAGAUUUAUUUAUUUUUGAUCGAAUAUUAAAACAACGAAUUUAUUUUACUUUAUCAGAAAUUGAAAAAGCUAUAGGAAAUAAUUUAAAUAGUGAUGAACUUGAACGAUUUGCUAGUUUACAUUUCACUCAAAUCGAACAUGAUUUAGGUAAACCACUAAAUGAUUUACAACGAUCGAAUUUACUCAAUGGAGAUAAAUUAACUAUCGAAAGUUUAAUCGGUCGACAAUUGUCUUCUAAAGAAACAGGACCUCAUAUUGUUGAUAUAACAAAUAUUGAAAGAAUACUAAAUCGAUCAUUAACAUUAGAUGAAUUAACUAAUUUAGCUGGUGAUCGUUUUGAUGAAAUUCGUACAAUACUACAACGAUCAUUUAAACAAGAUGAAUUAAUUGAUUUAUUAAAUGGACAUUAUAGAAAAAUUAUAAAAUUAAUUGAAGAACAAUUAAAUAAACAAAAAGAAGAUGAAUUACAAGAAUUACCUAUUAAUCGUAUACGAUAUUUUGAAAAUAUUCUUCAUCGUAAAUUAUCACCACAUGAAUUACUUCGUUUUGCUGAAAUUCGUUUUGAACCAUUAUCACGUUUACUUAGUAGUGAAAUGAAAUCAGAACAAAUAUUAGAUUUAGCUUCAGGUUAUUAUGAUAAAAUAGAAAAAUUUUUUAAUCGUUCAUUAACAAUAAAAGAAAAAAAUAAUUUAAAAAAAAGUAUAUUAAAAGCUAAUAUUAAAUAUUUAAAUCCACUUGAUGAACUUGAAUAUAUUAUUCAAAGACGAUUAAAUGAACAAGAAUUACGAAUAUAUAUUAAUAAUCAAUAUAAUGAUAUUGAAAUACGUUUAGGUAAAUUAUUAACAGAAAAACAAAUACGAAAUAUUUUACAUGAAGAAUAUGAUACUUCAUUAAUUGAAGUUAAAGAUAUUAUUAAUUAUUUAAAACGAAAAUCAUAUGAUAAUUAUAAACGAACACAAUUUAUUUAUAAUAAACUUAUUAAAAAAAUUGAUCAAGAUUAUAUUGAAUCACCAAAAGAAUCAUUAAUAAUAAAAACUUUAAGACCAUAUAAUGUUUCUUCAACUGUUCAACAAAAACAAUCUGAUAUUGAAUUUCAUCAAAGUACUAUUGAAUUAUUAGAACAAUUAUCAGAUGAUGUACGUAAACAUAAAAUAAUUCAACGAGAAGAUAGUUUAAUAGGUUCACCUAUAUCAGAAAUAUUUCAUCAUAAAAGUAUAUCAAGUGAUGAUGAAUUAAAAAAUGAACAACAAUCAUUAUCUUAUAAAGAACCUAUUUCGACAUCUUCAUCUUCAUCUCAUGAACUUAUUAUAUCUCUUGUUCAUGAAAUUCAACCAAAUAAAGCAUUUGAAAAUAUAACACGUAUUGUUGAAUCUAUUGCUGAUAAAGAACAUAUUGAAGAAAUGACAACAGUAACCAAUGCUAUUGAUAAAUUUCAAGUGAAAAUUUUGCCAAAUGUGGUUGAUAAACCAAGUGAUCGUCAAACAGUAUCAACAUGGUUAUCUAGUCUAAACCAAGAUACAACAUUUUCUUAUUUACCAACAAUUAAACCUAUAGAUAAUAAAUUAAUUAAUCGUGAAAUAUCUUCACCACAAAUUCAUAUUGAUGAUGAUUUAUAUUUGGGUUGGACAUUAUUUAAAAGUAUUGAUCGUCCAGAUUUAGGUUUAAAAGAAGAAAAACCACGUAUAAUUAAUGUUAAACAUUUAGCACAAACUUUUGUUGUUGGUAUUCCUGAAGAAUAUACUGAUAAUAAAACAAAAGCUAUUGCAAAUAAAAUCUACCAAGGUAAAUCUAUACUUCCUCGUUUACCCAAAUCUCGAAUAAUUAAAGAAAUGACUGAAUUUGUUUCACAAUUAUUUCAUAUGCCAAUCAUCAAUGAUGCUACUCAUUUUAUUGUUCCAUCAAGAACUUACAAUGAUAUAAUCGAAUCGAUGGAUAUAUAUGAAUCAGAAAUUACUCAUAUUGAAGAUAAUGAAUUACAAAUGCGUGAUUCACCAGAAACACUUGAAUGGUAUGAAGAAUGUAUUCAACGAAAUGUUCAAAUACAUGCUCAAAUUCCUACUGAAUAUCAACCAUCGAUUGUUUAUUGUCAUACAGGUCGUCAAUCAAUAAUCACACCAGCUAAACGUGCUGAACAACGAAAAAUGUCAAUGGGAGGUGUUAUCGAGAAAUCAAAGGUGAUAUUAGAACAACCAGAAACAAAAGUACCGGAAGAUGUAUCUACAUUUAAUAGUAGUUUUAUUGAACGUCUUAGUCAACCAUUACUUGAUUUUCAAUCUAUAGAACCUGCAUCAACAUCUCGAACGGUAACUGAUUUAAUUAUGCAUACAGUAACAACAUCUCAAAAGACAAAUUUAUUAGAAGCAUUAGAAGAAUUAUUUUCUCAAGAAAAUCUUGAUACAUAUCAAAUAAGUGAAAAUCAUUGGCAAGAUAUAUUUCUUAUAUUACUUAAUUCAUAUCUUCGUUCACAUUCAUUAAAUCGUAAAGAAAUUUUUCAACGAUUAACAGAAAAACUUCAUGAUUUAAGAAAACAAGAACGUCGACGUUCAUCAGAUUUUUAUCCAAGUAUUUCUGUUUUAUCAUUACCAAUUGAUGAAACAAUCAAUAUAUCAAAUGAAUCUGAUAUCAUAGAAUCUAAACAAACAAAUUUUUAUUUUGGAUUACAAUCAUCAUUUGAUAGUACGAAUAGUAGUCAAAGUCCAAAUAAUUCAGAAAAUAAAAGUUUACUAACACUUACAACAGAUCAACAAAGUACUAAUAGUCAAGAAAAGAGACUUUUAUCAACAAAUAACAAUCAUUUAAUACAAUCAUUUGUACCAAAGUCUAAAAUAAUCUCUGAUACUCUUAGUCAUAAGAAGAGUUUUCAUUUGCAAUCAAAUAUGGACAAUGUUAUUAAUACAGUUUCCGUGAAACAUAUCAAUCAAAAUUUAUCAAUUAAUUCAAAUGCUAUUAAUAAACAUCAAUGUUCUUCAACUUCGAUAAAAAAUCGUCGAUAUAAAAUUACUGUUAUGCAUAGUGAUGAACUAUUUGAUAUACCUUCAAAUCAAUGUAAAACAUUAACGGAAUCUACUAAACUUCCUCCAAUUGUACCUAAAAAACAAUCAUUUCAAACAAAACAAACUACAUCAAAGAUUAAUCAAUUACCAUCAUCUUCAUCAAUUACAACUAAACAGAUUCGAAAGAAUAUAUUUUCAGACUUUCGAAACAAAUAA